CUUCCCGCCACAUCACACGGCACCGACUCCGGCUGCCCCCCUUCUCGUCGCUUCCCUCGUCGGGGGGCUCUCUGCUUCUUCCGCUGUCUCUAGAUCCCUGUAGGCUCAGAGCCUGUCCUCUUGCCCAGUUUCCUUCUCUCUCCUCCUCUGACUCCCUGCGUCUCCCCCGUCUCUCUGGGUGGCUCCAUCUCUGGCACUCCGCGUCUCUCCGUUUUUCCAACUCUUUCUCGUCUGUGUCACACACUAUCUCUCUGACAGUGUCUCCUUCUCUUUCUGAUUCUCUGAAUCUUCUGUUUCGCUGCUUCUCUCUCUCUGUCCCCAUCUGUCUCCAGAUCUGUCUGACUCCCUCUGUCUGUCUCCAGAUCUGUCUGACUCUCUCUCUCUCUGUGUCUCCAUCUGUCUCUGUAUCUCUCUGUCUGCCCAUCUCUUUCUUUCUGUGUCUCUUUUUCCAACUCUUUCUGUCUCUGUCCUUCCCUACCUCUCUCUCUCUCUUUUUUCUGUGACACUCUCCUGGAAACGCAUCAAAGACUGAAGUGGCCGGAUUUCAAGUGACAAACAGCACUACACCCAGGAUCCAGCCCCCUCCCUGCACGGCUGCCUUCCUCCUCCACAUCCCCUGUCACGAAGAGAAGCCUAUUGUGUGGGGCCCAGGGAGUUGGAGUUGAAGGGCCCGGGGGUCUGCUCCUUUGACUGCUCUGAGCUGCUUCCCCAUUGGCUCCCAGCAGCCGGUGCUCAGCAAGGGCUGAGCGACUCGGGGAGGCUCUAGUCCAUAAAAGGGGGGGGCGAGGCACCAGAACUGCCAUUCUGAGGGGCUUUGGUGAUGCUCACAGCCGCCUCGUUGGCACCUCCUUCCAAGCCAGAGUCAGGGAGACCCCUGCCUGAGUCCUGACCCAGCCACCUGCCACCACCCUCCGAUCUGCUCAGCCAGAAGCUGCCCAGGGACAAAGAAGAGCACAGCGGGAAGAGCAGAGACAGCAUGGCCUGGCAGGAGCUGGUGCUGGCCGCCUACCUCCUCGUGUUCCCCUCCGCCAUGGCGGACUGCCUGUCCCGGUGCUCCUUGUGUGCUGUGAAGACCCAGGACGGGCCCAAGCCCGUCGACCCUCUGAUUUGUUCCCUGCAAUGCCAGUCCGCUCUGCUACCGGCUGAGGAGUGGGAGACAUGCCAAGGCCUUCUGUCCUUUUUCACCCCCUUCACCUUCGGGCUCAAUGGCAAAGAAGACUUGGAGACCAAGGCCGCUUUGGAGGAACCCUAUAGUGAGCUGGCCAAGCGCUCUGGGCCCUUCCCGAAGGAGCUUGAGGAAAACAGAUUUCUCCUCAGCACUCCGACAGAGGAGAAUGCCCUGAGCAGGAGCCUGGCGGAGAAGCUCUGGGGUUUCUCUGGCAGAUUGGGUGAGGGAGGGGAGUCUGAGCUGAUGGGGGACACCCAGCUGAAUGAUGAUGCCCUGGAGGCUGGGGCAUUGGAUUCCAAUGAGGAGGACACCAAGGAGCAGGUCAAACGCUAUGGGGGCUUCUUGCGUAAAUACCCCAAGAGAAGCUCAGAAGUGGCUGGGGAGGGGGAUGGGGACGGAGGUAGGGCGGGCCACGAGGACCUGUACAAACGCUACGGUGGCUUCUUGAGGCGCAUCCGUCCCAAGCUCAAAUGGGACAACCAGAAGCGCUAUGGAGGUUUUCUCCGGCGCCAGUUCAAGGUGGUGACUCGGUCUCAGGAAGACCCCAAUGCCUACUCUGGAGAGCUUCUUGAUGGGUAAACCCCUCCCCAUCGUGGAGUUGAGUCAGGAGCUCCCCCUGACACCCUUCCAGAUUAGAGUGCCCUCAUCCAUCCUACCUUACAUCCCCUGAACCCAUGCUUAGUUCAGCCAGGUCUGCAAAACAUCCAAACCCAGCCUGCCUCUUUUCUGCCUGGGGUGCAGUGUUUGUCUGGAGUCAGCAAGGAGGAAGGAUGGAGGUUCCCCUCUCCAGUAGGCUCAGUGCUUGGUCCCAACUCUAGAACAUUGAAACUACUGCCAACAGCAGCUUUUGCUAUUAACCCCUCCCCCCCAUUAAUGUGACUCCCCAGUUCCAGGAAUCCAGACUGACUUGUUCUUCAUCCCUCUAGAUAAAUAGCAAAACAAGAUAAAGAAACAAAUAGAAAUCCUAACACUUUAUCCCAAACCUUAAAGGACCUCCUUGUGCUCCCCACUUCGGAGACCAUGCUUUAGGUAAAACACUCAAAUGCUGCAUUUUAUUGGAGCAGGAAGUUCUACACUAGAGCGUUCAGUCCUCCAGUGGGCACGUGUUCAGUUGUGUUCUCUGUGUUCUCAUCGUUUAGAAACUCACUUCUCGAGGAACCGAGUUCCUGGACUCCAGUUCAUGUUGGUACCUUGGAUAGCACCCAACUCCUCACGUGAGAGGAAGGGCAUGAAAACCCCUUCCAAAAUGGUAAUGAGAGCAGUUCUCCCACUGAAUACUGAAAUGAUCAGGAAGGGAGCAAGACAAACCAAUUUGCUCUGUGCAGCAAACUAAAAAUGUGGACCAGUUCCUUCCGCCCUCAUUAAACUAAUUAAACAGAUCAGCAGCACUCCUACCCCAGGAUGAACUGAAGCUGAGUCAAGUUGAUGAGGUUAAGCACAACCAUGUUCUUGAGCAGCUGAAUUGGCCGCCAAGAGUCUUAGCCAUCUGGCCAAACAUAUGCAUUGGGCAUUGGGUAAGGGAAUCCAGAAGCAACAGCUAGAAAGACAAAAAGGCCUUCUUCAACCCCUGUGAUGAUUCUUUCCUCUUGAUUUCUCAGAAUAAAACCAGAAAGAGGCAUGAAGUGAUUAAGUGCUUGAGGCCAAAUGAAUUCUCUUGAUUCAAAUAACCCAGAAUCAGAGGCAGAGACCUCCCAAUGUCUUGGUUUCAAUCAAAGUCUUCUCUCUCUGUUGCUCUUGCUCGCUCAUCCCCAGGCACUAUGGUUUGGUCUGUGGGUCCAGGAGGCUGGGCUGGAUAGGAGAGGAAAGGGUCUUGAGUUCAGUUAAUUUGUAUAAGAUGCUACUGAGCAUACCUCUUCAUGCACAACCCCCAGGUCCCUCAUGAUGUUCUGAAAUGUAUGGAUUGUUGUAGGGUUAACUUCGUGUGCUUUUAAAAAAUCCCACUUAUGCAAUUUACCCAGAAUUUGCUUAUUCUUUAGCAGGCCUAUGUUAUUUCCUACUCCUCCAGUGCAAUAAAUAAAAGAAAGAUGGUGAUGACUCGGGGUGUGUAUG